AUGUCUGGGCCUAUUCUUGAAGGCGUCCUGGCCAUCAACAAACCUCCCGCCAUAAGCUCCGCCCAAGUCAUCCGAGAUGUGCAGAACCAUUUCAAUCCCUCGAAACUGUUCCAGCCAUGGCUCGAGCGCGAGAGGUCAAGGCUCGAAGGCGAAUCACAUAACCAGCGGCAGAAGCGUAAGGUCAAAAACAGGAAGCUGAGAGAUGUCAAGAUGGGUCACGGUGGCACCUUGGAUCCCAUGGCGACGGGAGUGCUGAUUUUGGGUCUUGGAAGCGGCACUAAGGAUUUGCAAUAUUUCACUACCGAGUGCACCAAGAGCUAUGAAGCUGUGGUGCUUUUUGGUGCGGCCACGGACACCUAUGAUACGGAGGGCAAGGUUGUGGGAAGGAAGCCGUACGACCACAUUACGAAAGAGAAAGUGGAGCAGGCCUUGGGUCCAUUCAGAGGCAAGGGUAUGCAAAAGCCGCCUAUUUUCUCGGCGCUGAGAGUCCAAGGGAAGAGGUUGUACGAGUACGCGCGCGAGGGCAAGCCGCUGCCAGAGGGCUUCGAGAUCAAGGAGAGGCCAGUGGAUGUUAUGGAGCUGGAAAUGACCGAGUGGUUUCCAGGCGGGACGCAUGAGUGGCAUUGGCCAACCACAGAGGCAGACACUGCCGAGAAGAAUUUGGCGAAACAGGCGCUGCCUGGCGAACUCGGAGGCGUGACUUCCCAGGGGGACGAUCUGAGUGUCGAAAGCAGUGAAGCUGUCCUGAAGCGUAAGCGUUCGGAGCUGAUCGAGAGCCAAGCUGAGGCUGCAGGUGCAUCUUCACCAAAGAGAUCGAGAGCAGAUGAGGCUGGCAUAACUUCUCCUUCUACGCGCUUGUCGAGUCUAGAAGGCGCACAGCCAAACACGGAGACUGCGGAACCGCCCAAAGAUGAGCAGCAGCCAGCAAGCUCGAGCGCCGCAGCAGCACUAACUCAACAAGCACAACAGGAGGCGGAGCAGGACAAACCAGCGUGCUCCGCUCCAGCGUGUCGCAUCAAGAUGACAGUCACAUCAGGCUUCUAUGUGCGGUCACUGAUACACGACCUCGGCGCAGCCGUAGGCUCGUUAGCAUGCAUGUCCAGUCUGGUACGUACGCGGCAGUCAGACUUUGAGCUCGGAACGAACGUCUUGCAAUACGACGAGCUCAAGGCAGGCGAGGAGGUAUGGGGCCCGAAGGUGCAGAAGUUGCUGGAGGAGUGGAUCGAGAAGAAGGAUCAGCGAAGUCAAGCUCACGACAAGGAGAAGCAAGCUGGUGCCGCUGCCGAGUCAGAGGAAGUGGAGAAAGAAAAAAGUGCUGAUGGACUGGGCGACGGGAAGCUGAGCGAUGCCCAGCGUAUCAGUAUGCUACAGAAAGCUGGGUUGUUAUAG